AUUGCAGUGCAGCCUUGGUCUACGCGCUGCAUCUGAUUGCUUUUGUAGUUUUCCGCGUUUCUGAUUGAUGAUGAGACGUAUAUCCAGCGUAUGUGCUCUGGAACUCUCACCCAUGCGAAAAAUUUUUACAAUAGCGAUUUGUUUUGUUAAUUAUUAUCUAUGAUCACAGAAGGCGUCAACAUAAAACCUGAUAAGUUGGUAUGUUUUUGCAACGACAACUCUCAAUGUAUAAGAAAAUCAGGUGACCUCACAAAUACAAGACGCAAUGAAGUGGGGCGGUGCACGAUUAGGUCUGGGGGGAAAUGCUAUACUGCACGUGUAAUAAAUAAGGAGUCUUUGGGGAAUUAUUUUCGCUCUAAAAAGAUGGUUGAUGUUGAUGGUUUUGGGAACUCAUCCUUCAGAUCUAUCUCUAACGAUGAAAAGCUGGAAACCUUUAUACAGUUAAUAUAUGGAUGUCUUGACUCACAUGAUAAGAUGGUCCUUUCUUGCAGCAGUCAUCUGACUAAACAUGCCAUUCCUCAAGCUAUUGAGUGUUGCAACUCCCACGAUAUGUGUAACGCCGGUCUCUUUCCUAAAUUCUACCAUCAUACUAAGGAUAUAAACGCAGUAAAGAGUGCCCUUGGAUAUCUUGAAAGGAGUGGUGUUUGGCGACAGGUUAAAUCUGCAAGUGGAAGUAAUCGUCUAAAGCCGUACAAGAAUAUCGGCCCGAACAUGUUAUUUGGUCGUUCAUCGGUCGGAAUUUUGCCUAAUGACGAUAUUCAGAGUCCUAUUUCGGGGCAAAAGGAUGUGAAGCCGGAGUUUAGAAUGCCAAAUCUCCUCCAGAUUGUACUGGUAGCCACGUUCAUUUUGGUGUUCGUUUUAUUGUCAUUCCUUUUUGCAUCUAUUUGUUUUGCCUAUAAACGUGGUAUGCGGAAGAAACAGCAUUAUCUUUCUAAAUUCAAUCAUGAUUAUUUUAUGGCAAAACAGUCAAAUCUGGGAACGAUAUGCGAUGCUGAGUUAAAGAACACUCACUUUCAUGACAGCAACCUACAUGCAGUAUAUGCUAUCAUUCCAAGGGUUCAGAAUUCAGGCAAAUCAGAUACUAGGUCAAGUUUGCACACUCUGUCUUCUGAUUUAACACACAAUGCUGACAUUACGACGGCUAACAAAAUGCAGUCUCCAUCAAACCUUUUAUUUCAUAAUGGGAGGGUACAUUUAAUUCCUCAGACGGUCAGUAGACAAAUAAUUCUGAGAAGCCUUCUUGGUAUUAAACGAGACUCAGAUGUUUGGAGCGGUAUGUGGAAAGGAGAAGAAAUUACCGCCAGAGUGUUUCGAUCCAGUGAUCGUUUGGCCAAUGCCAUUUGGCGCCGAACUGUUUUAUUACAUCAUUCAAUGUUGCUUCGACAUCAGUCAAUUCAUGGUUUAAUGGUUUUCGAUUGGUUAAAUUAUCCUACAGAAGAACAUCUUUCUGUUUUGAGGAGUAGCUAUUCAUAUAUAUUUCAGACUGUUCCUUCACCGUGUGCUCUGCUUAUCAGUGAAUAUUGUCUUUUUGGUACUUUGAAAGACUUCUUAUCAAACACUGGUCAAAGUUUAGUGUCCCUUACACAUCAAGCUGAUGGUGCCAGUCAAGAUGACUUUGACAUGAUAGCAUGUACGAACUAUCAAUCGGCUGGCUUGAAUAAUUCAAGCUUUAUUCGAUUAAAUAUAUUACUUAAGAUUGCAAACAGUUUGGUUCAAGGGUUGUGCUUCCUACAUUCAGAAUUCUCUGGUACCCGAGGGAAACCAGCUCUUGCUCAUCGAAAUUUGAAGCCAUCCAAUAUAUAUAUUCGAUCAGAUUGGUCAUGUUGCAUUAGUGAUAUUGAAUUGGCUAUCCGAUCACCACCAUAUCCACUUUCAAUUUCUACAUAUCAUUUACAUAAUCUUUAUCAACAGUAUGUAAAAUUUUUGGAUAAACCUGUAGGUUUUAAUAAUCAGUCACAUGAAAUUACUGUCUGCCAAAAAACUGAGAAUGAUCUUCUAGUCAACAAUCAUUCAGCUAAUAUUUUACUUAAAGACUGCUUGAUAGAAGACAGUUUUAAUGUAGAGUCUUGGUUAUCUUGCAACCAGAAUAUCAGGUCUUCUGAUAAAUGCAGUUGUAUAUUUGUGGAGGAUGGUAAUCAGUGCCUUUUUGAUAAACUGGAACUCUUAAGCUGGUGGCCUAUAGGUGGAGUUCAAAUUGGUACACCACGAUAUUUGGCACCAGAGUUGUUAUCCAAAUCAAUUAAUCCAUUCUGCUUUGAAUCCUAUCAGAAAUCUGAUAUAUACUCUUUGGCUAUGAUUUUAUGGGAAGUUGUCAAUUGGGCACUACCAAAAUCAAUUUGGCCAGGUCAAGAUUUAUGCAGUGUACCUAAUUUGUCCAGCAGUAUAUCAUCUAGAGAGAGAUCGUUAACUGAUUCAAUGAGUUUAACUUAUUCUGGUCCAUCAAUUGUAUUCAAAUCAAAUAAUAUGGUAUACUCACCAGUUUAUCAAGAUGAAUGGUUAACAUUGUUAAAGUGUACAAUAAACUGUGAUGGUAGAAAUAAUGUGAUCGCAUCAUCUGGUACUGAGGAUUCGCUACCGUCUCAACAACUUACACAUUCGUGUAUUAUCCCGAAUAAUGUGUCAAGUAGAUCUGAACUUUCAUGUACUACCGAAACACCAAAUUUUAUCAAGGUGGAUGAGGUUCUAAUAGAAAAUGAAGUGAGACUGAUUUAAUUUCAAUGCUUGCAUAUGAGAAAUAGAUUACAUGAUAGAUGAGUUAUAUGGAUGAUUAUUUUACUCAUAAAAAUGUUGUAUGAAAAAGCAUUUCACUAUUGUUCUACAGUACAUUAAUGAAUUUUUUUACAUAACAGCUAUUGUUCUGCUGACGUUUCGCUUUCAAUAUUUGAUAAGAGUUCUGUUAGAUGUUGAUAGGGCAUAUUGAAUGUCUACUGAGUAACUGCAUCCAAAUGUAAUAAAAUAUUAAUUUUUUUUUAUUUGAUUAGAAAAGCAAUACAUGCUUGUUGAUGAAAUAUGCUGACGUUUGAGUAAUAUCUCGAAUUCACUGAAGUGUGAAACCUUACGCCACUAGGUUCGAACCCAGUGGCUAGGUGAUAAAGUGUUCUACGCAAAACGUGAGGAUCUUGGGCUUGCUCGUUUGUGAGGUUGUGGAUACUCACUGAGAUGGUUUGGACAUGUACCAUGCAUGCCAUAGCGCCUUCAACUUCGACAUGGCACAAUAAAAGAAGUUAGAUUAAGUUGAAUGAGGGAAGGUUCAGAGUAGCGAGAUAAAGACCUGCCAUCAGUCUAUUAUGCCUUUGUCUGUUGGCUCUAAUCAUCUAAGGAGGUGUUGACUACCUUAUUGGGGUCCCCGAGACAAAAAGAAUUAGUGGUUGAGUACUCUUGGUGACAUGGCUGAAAAUCGGUCACAGUGGCACAGAUGUGGUCACUGCUUGUUAUCUAAAGCCCAAAUAUUGGCACUGACAGUUAUCUCAAAAUUGUUUGCUAUCUCACACUGCUUUGUCUUCUUUACAUCACCAUUGUUUUUGUCCUCCUGUUCUCUGUGCACCAUUAUAAAUUGUGACAACUUGAGCCGAUGCACUUGUGUGCAGUGUUCUGCGCUGAUUUUGUCAGUCAGUCAGUCAUAUUCUCUGCUCAGAUAUUCACAGAUGGAAUGGAAUCGUUAUCCAGUACUUCUUCGUCUUCAGCGGCUCUUAUUCUGUCUUCAGUUAGUGAUUAAAACAGUUAUAGGAAGAAUGUAUCCCUAUAUACUUGGGAUAUUUACUUACUGACACUUUCCCUCACUGUGAUUUGUUUUAAAAAUAAACGGUAUAUAGUAUAGACUGAACAGUAUAGAACAAUCUAGGUUUGGCGAAAUAAUCUCAGUAUAUCUGAAUAAUGAUCGAACACAAAGCAAAACUCAGAUCACAUCAGGAUCUCAACUCGAUUAUCGACAAUUCAAAUUGCACUACGAAUUAGAUUUCCCCUAGAAUGCAACCACCAUCCUUUUACAAACGUAUAGAUUUUUUUGAUUACCAACAAUCUCAUUAAACCAACGAACUUAGAACGCAAUAUAAUGUUGCGUAACCUUUGGGUUACUAUCUCAGCUGUUGAUAUUUGAAUAUUCAGAUUAAAAGUAAAAUCCAUUCAGAUUCUUACUUGGAUCACUGGGGUCAUCUCCUUCCUACUGCAUCGUCCAAGAUAAGAUGAAGGAAGCAAAGAUACAUACAUAUUUUGCGUCUAAAAAACGUCUUAUAAGUUUGAUGACAUUUCACAGCUAAUUGGCGAUUUCUUUUUUGUCGUUAAAGAACUCUUGUGUUUUCAUUUUUACUACGGAUAUGGCUGACAAUUAAGAAUACUACUUGCAAAGUAUGUUUAACUUUUAAGUACUCGUGUGAUUUACUGAAGAAAAUAUUGUGGAGCAAUUUUGUGUUAUUGUCUGAAAUUUAAAACUCAUGUAGAUCAGCUUACAUGUAAUACAACAAUUUUAGACUGAGAAUUACAUAUGCUACUGAUAGUUAGUCGAUAAGAUAAAGAAUUUUUACUUAUUUUUUCCAGUUUUCACUUUUGUGCGAUGAGUAUGAAUCUCACUUCACUUACUUAGAUUUGGUUGGACAAGUAAAUAACAUUAUUUUCUACACUGUAGUUGCCUGAUUUACGGCUUAAUGAACUAACUUGUACAGGACUGUCAAGUUGGUUAUUUUUAACGAAAUAUAUACAACCUAAUAGUCACCCACUUUUCACUAUUUCUGUUUACUUGUCUGUCCCAGAAUAAGGAGCCAGAUAUUGUGACAAUGUUUCAGUUGGUAUGUAAACAACAGUUAAGACCUCGUUUGCCGCUAUCAUUUCCAAUGAACACAGUCGAUACCGUAAAUAUGACUUUCUGUUCUCCUCAAAACACUCAGUCUCUUAAUGAAAUCGAGGCAGUGAUGUACGUACAGUUGCACAACAGAAAUCAAAAUAAUACCACCGAAAUGAGUAAUGCCGACGGUGAUAAGUUAGCUUCUACAAGUUGCCAAGACUCGUCUUCGUCUGGUGCAUCAUCACUGCAGAAUAAUCAUACAAAUCUAAACCCUCAAAAUAAAAAGUCACCUGAUCUAGAUGAAGUAAGAAUUAUGCAGUUACAAAAUCUAAUAGCUAAUCAAUUCGCUGUAUUAUUACCAGAAUGUUGGGGAAAUGAACCCGAUUUACGUCUGUCAGCACUGCGUAUUAAAAAGCGUCUACAACGUAUCUAUAAAUUAAUUAAUAUGCUUGAUAGGGUGUAGUUGUAUAUAAGAAGUGGACUUUCUGUUCGCUUCUCUUUUCAUUAUCUUCUCCUUUGAGAUUUUCUCUCCUAUAUCCUUUAUAUUCCAACUUCUAUCAUUUAAAAAUGUUUUAUUGCAACUUUUUUGUCCUUAACAUAUUCUAAUGUAUUCAGGCCCAACUAAUCGCCUCUUUUUUUAUUUCUACACUCUUAGCUUUCUUUGUGUUUCUUAGGACAUAAUGUAAUAACUUUUCUGUUAAUUUCAUAAAAUUGAAUUUUGGAGUCAGCUGUUCAGCUGGUUAGUUAUUCUAAUGAGUCUCAAAUCUAGCCAUUGGUUGAGUUCUGUCUGCCUAAGAAAUUAUCCUUUUGUACAUACUAUUCAAACCUUUGACUUGAAUAGCAAGUUAUAUUUGUUUAAUUUGUAUGAGUGAAACUGAGUACAAACUAUACAUUGAUUGGUCUGUCUGUUAUUCUAGUCUAAUAGUUAUUGAACUGUAAAGUUUUCAUAUCGUUUUACCUUUUCAUUUCUUAUCUUUCCGAAGCAUUUUUAUACUUUUACAGUUUUGUUUACUGUUUAUUUCAAGUAUUUGAUAUAUUACAGUGUUGAUCACUUAUUUAUUGAGUCUUUUUUUACUACUUACAUGUAUAUUUAAGUAUCCCUCUUUUUAUAAAUAAACAAAAAGUUAUAUGCUCUGUG